AUGCCAGAACUUUUAGCAGAUUGUCUUUACGAAAUAUUUAAAUAUUUGAGGAAUGAUGAUAAAGAUGAUAGAAAAUCUUUGAAUACCUGUAUAUUCGUGAGUAGACUUUGGUGCAAAAAUGCCAUUCCUUUAUUUUGGGCUUGCCCUUGGUACGACGGUGAAAAUUUUGUAUAUAAACCCGCCAUAAUUAAGACAAUUUUAUCAUGCCUAUCCGAUGAAUCUCGUCAAAUAUUGAUAUAUAAUGACAUUGCAACAUCUUACUUUAGCUCUUAUCGUCAACCCUUAUUUAAUUAUGUUAGUUAUUGUCAAAACUUAUCUCCUUGGAUAAUUGAUGGAAUGAUUCAUGUAAUAUUAUCAGACGACCAGAGCCAACUUAAUGAUUUGACAUUGGGCUAUAAAGCUACUAUAUUGGAACAUGAAUUAUAUAAGUUGUAUAUGUCAAAGGUGUCUUCGAUCACUCAACUUGUUUUUCCUGAUUUCCCUAUUUUAUAUAUGCCUGGUGCAAGAUUAUGUUUAUCUCAUCUUUCGGAUCUAGAUUGUAGUACUGAUGAUUCUCCGAGGUACUUUUUUUGUCUUGCUGAGUUCUGUCGAAAGAUUCAAAGGCUUCGUGUUUAUCCUUGUGAAGAAGACAAUCAAGGCUUGGCUACUUUAAUUACUUUGCAACAUCGUUUGAUUCAUCUGGAGUUGAAAACUGACAUUGGUGAAAUGGUGGAAAAAUUAUCACAUAUUGGUGAUGCUCUUACUACUCAAGCUCAUUCUUUAAUUUAUAUUAAUGUUUAUAAUAAUUUAUUUUUUUCUACGGAACAUUUAUCUUCUUUUGUUUUUCUUAAAGUUUUAAAAAUUUACGUCACUUCUGAAAUACCAAGAAAGUUCUGGUUCUGUAACAUGGUUUUACCUCACCUCGAAAUACUAGAUAUAUUUCGUGAUGAAUUUACUCCCUUUAGAAUUUAUAAGUGUUUUAUCGAUCAUUCUUCAUCUAAUUUUCGGAGAAUUUAUUGGAACAGAUUAAUUGCCGCUCCUCCUGAUGAUAAAGAAAUUCAAGAAUUCAUUCGAAUUAUCUCAAGAUCAGCUCAUUCACUCAAUUUUGCCACUAUUUGGUAUUCUGAUGAUUUUAUUGAUGAUUUUACACAAUUAUUGUCUCUUUGUACAAAUCUAGUUGGAAUUAAGAUUUGUGCUAAAGAUUUAAUCGAAGAUGGUACUAAUAGUAUUAUGAUUAACGCUGAAAAUAUUUUAAAAGUUAUUAUUGAUAAAGCUCCAAAAAAUUUUUCUAUUUUAAAUUUUGAUGGAAAUUGGUCUUUUUCUUUUUAUGAUAUUGAAUCCUUUUUUUACAAUUGGAAAUAUAGAAAUUUGUCAAUUUCAGGUCGACCAUUGUCUUUAUUUAUUUCUGAUGAUUGUGAAUUUACUUGGGGGUCAUCGGUUGAUGAUUUGAUUAAUAAAUAUGUAAAUGAAAAUGAAAAUACUCCGGUAAAAUUUGUUCAGGAACAUAUGAGUCUCAUUAUAUCAUUAGUAGAUUUUAGACCUUGUUUGCAAGCGCAACAGCAAUUCCAUAAUCAAAUGGAAAACAAUGGUUCUAUCUGA